AUGGCUGCGGACAGUGGUGGCAUCCUCUGGGGCAGUGAGCGGCACUGGCAUCUCCAGGAGUGGUGGCCAGUGGUGGCAUCCAUUGGGGCUGCGGGCGACACUGGCACCACCGGGGACAGCAGCCAGUGGUGGUGUCCAGGAGGGCGGCAGGUGGCAGGUGGGACUAGCACCUCCAGGGGCGGCGGGCAAUGGUGGCACCGCUGGGGUCAGUGGUGGCGUCCAAGGGGGUGUGGGGCAGCACUGGCACCUCCAGGAGGACUAGGCAGUGGUGCCCUCCAGGAGGGCAGCGGGCGGAACUGGCAUUGCUGGGGGCAGGGGGCAGGGGGCGGCAGGUGGCAGGUGGGACUAGCAUCACCAGGGGCAGCAGGCAGUGGUGGCAUCCAGGAGGAGGCGGUAGGCACUGGCACUGCUGGGGGCAGUGGUGGCGUAAAGGGGGGCGGAGAGCAGCACUGGCACUGCCAGGGGCACUAG